CCACCAUGCUUCAGAAAACAGAAACCCGCCUACUGGUAAAAGUCCUUGCUGGGUUCCUGCGCUGUAAUGAACACUAAUCCAUAAGGCCCUACAUACAAUUGAUCGGAGCUGCUUCUAAAAUGGGGCGGCUCGAAGGGAAGGUAAUACUGCUCUCUGCCGCAGCCCAAGGAAUUGGCCAAGCGGUGGCUAAAGCUUUUGCAAAAGAAGGAGCUCAAGUUAUUGCUACAGAUAUCAAUGAGUCCAAACUUCGAGAACUGGAAAGUUAUCCAGGCAUUCAGAUCCGGGUGCUUGAUGUCACCAACAAAGAACAAAUUGAAAAAUUGGCCAAGGAGGUGAAGAAAAUCGAUGUUUUGUGCAAUAUUGCAGGUUUUGUUCAUCAUGGGACUAUUUUGGACUGUGAGGAAGAAGACUGGGCCUACACAAUGGAUGUCAAUGUUCGUAGCAUGUAUCUCAUGAUCAAAACAUUCCUGCCUAAGAUGCUUGAGCAGAAAUCUGGUAACAUUAUCAACACGUCUUCUGUGGCAUCCAGUAUCAAAGGGGUUCCCAAUAGAUGUGUCUACAGUACUUCAAAAGCAGCAGUUAUUGGCCUCACCAAAUCUGUAGCUGCUGACUUCAUUGAAAAAGGAAUCAGAUGCAACUGUGUUUGUCCUGGCACUGUUGACACUCCUUCUCUGAGGGAAAGAAUCCAAGCAAGACCUGAUCCAGAACAGGCACUAAAAGAUUUUCUCGCCAGGCAGAAGAUGGGCAGAUUGGCUACCGCUGGGGAAAUUGCCCACCUCUUUGUAUAUCUGGCUUCUGAUGAAUCUGCCUACAUGACUGGCAAUGAAUGCAUCAUUGAUGGGGGAUGGAGCAUAUGACCAGCUUCUCAAGACAUUCCACCUGCAAAUUAGUGUCCUUGCUAUCCCAGAAGAUAAAAAAGGACAAAACUUACAUGCACAUGUAACAAUCCUAUCAAAUUAAUUACCAUAAUAAAAAUUCAUACACUUCGUUAA